AUGUCUAAUAACUCCGUACAGAUUGUAGCUCCCAGUGGAGAGCAUACCUUCAUUCUAAACGAAGAGGUGCUUAAAAACCUUCUCACCAGAGAUGAUGUUAAGGACUGCGGUGUCGUUCUGGUCUCCGUCGCAGGAGCCUACAGGAAAGGGAAGUCUUUCUUACUGGACUUCUUCUUGCGGUACUUGGAUUAUACGUAUAACCAGGGUAACGGUGAUGGCAAAUGGCUCGGUGUGGCAGAACAGUCAUUGGAAGGCUUCUCAUGGGAGGGGGGCUCAGACCGCCACACCACGGGGAUACAUCUAUGGUCACAACCAUUCAAAGCUACCCUGGAAAACGGCGAGAAAGUAGUGAUCCUGCUAAUGGAUACUCAAGGAACAUUCGACAGUGAAUCAACCGUUAAGGACAAUGCUACAGUAUUCGCACUGUCCACUAUGCUGUCCUCAGUUCUUAUUUACAAUCUCUCGCAAAAUAUUGAAGAGGAUGAUCUGCAGCAUCUAGAGUUAUUCAUGGAUUAUGGCUGCGUGGCGAUGGACAAGAUUGAAGGAAAGCCAUUCCAGAAGCUGCUGUUUCUUGUCAGGGAUUGGAGUUAUCCAUACGAUCACAAGUAUGGUAUACAGGGAGGAAAGGAACUCUUGGAGAAACGACUUCAGAUAAAAGAUGGUCAACACGAAGAACUCCAGAAACUGCGGAAAUACAUCAGACGCUGUUUCGAAGAAUGUACCUGUUUCCUGAUGCCGCAUCCUGGCCUCAAAGUCGCUACUGAUCCUAAAUUCAAGGGAAAAUUGAGCGACAUACAACCAGAAUUCUUGGAGUCCUUGGAGGAACUGGUACCGAUGGUGCUAGCGCCAGAGAACCUGGUGGCCAAGACCAUCAACGAACAAAAGGUGAAGGCCAGGGACCUGCUCAAUUACUUCACCAGUUACAUUGAAAUAUUUAACAGCGAAAAAUUGCCAGAGCCUACCACUAUUUUACAGGCAACCGCAGAAGCUAAUAACAGGUCUGCCAUGUCAGAAGCCAGUGAUAUCUACAAGACACUGAUGGAAGAGAUAUGUGGAGGUUCGAAGCCGUACAUCCAGCCGGACAUGUUAGAUAAAGAGAAUUGGAAGGUUAUGAACAAAGCGCUUCAUUCCUUCGACAGCAAGAAGAAGAUGGGGGGUAUAGAGAUGUCGGCCACUUUUAGAAACGAGUUGGUUAAGGAGCUGGAAGAGAUGUACACCCAACUGGCUGCACACAACGAAGGCAAGAACGUGUACCGGAUCCUCGGAACUCCUAUCGUGUUCCUGACUAUAAUGAUCUUGGGAUACGUGCUGGGUGCAGUGGCGUCCACCUUCGGAAUUCAGAUCCUGGUAGCGGUAGGAGAGGGUGCUACUAUUGGAGCUGCCUUGAUGCUCGCGGUAUGGGGAUAUACCAGAAUUUCAGGGAACUUGAGGGAUGUUGGCAUGCAGUUAGACGAUGUUGCGGCCAAAAUAAGAAACUUUGUGCACCACCAUGCGUUCGGAUCACCGUACCAUACAGCUUCGCCGUUGACAGCGACAACUGCCACUUACAUGGACAACAAGAAGGACUCCUAG